AUGGUCGAAACAAUCAAAAUCGGAAUAACAACAAUACCUAUAACAACAACAACAACAAUACUCGCUCACCUCCUCAUCCUACCUCUUCUUUCUCUUCCUCUGCCUAUUCUUCUGCCUACUCUUCUCCUUCGCCAUCUUCUUCUCCAUCUCUUUCCCGUCGCCCCACUCGUUGUCACCAGACUGGCAGGGUGAGUCCGCUCACUCUGGCAGCCUGGAAUGUUCAUUCCCUUUUAGACAAUCCGAGGAGCAACCGACCGGAACGAAGAACAGCGUUAGUGGCACGAGAACUGGCCGCAACAAGGUGGACAUCGACGCACUCAGCGAGACCCGUCUCUCCAAACAAGGCCAACUGGAGGAGGUGGGUGCCGGUUACACCUUCUUCUGGAGUUGUCGGCCCAAGGCAGAGCGACGAGACGCGGGUGUCGCCUUCGCCAUCCGGAACGACAUCGUGGGACGACUGCCCAGCCUGCCGCAGGGCAUCAACGAUCGCCUGAUGAGCCUCCGCCUGCCUCUCUGGGGAGGAAAAUUCGCCACCAUCAUCAGCGCCUACGCUCCGACGAUGACCAACCCGAUGCCGUCAGAUGGUCAGUUGACCAUGACAGCCACCGCGCCCAUUCCCCACUCCAGUCUGCUGACCGGCUCGGACAGCGGCUGGGGUGUGGGAGUGGGAAGAGAGAGUGAGGUCAACGACACAGCGCACUUUCCUCACUAUAAACAAUCUGACGCGCUUGAAGCUAUCACGGUGCGCUAA